UUUGUCACUAAUGUUUACUAGACAGAGAUGGAGCUCCGAAACAAGUAAACAUGGCGCCGUGUGAGCAACCAUAUCAUUUUAGUGUGUAAUUUACACGCAGUAUCUUUUGGAUUUAUCUCAAACUUUGUAGAAAACCAUACAGAUAAGUGAUACAGUUUAGUAUACAUUCUUUGUGUGUGAUCAAAACAUCAAUCGAAACUCUAGUGCCAACGUUAAAACGCGAUUUUUGUAAGGUUUUGUGAAAUUUUGAACUCGUCAGAAGUGCAUACGGAUUUUUUUAUGGUGUUCUGACAUGUGCUUAUAAUAGCAAUAUAAUGGAGUACCCCUUGGAUGAAUAUUCACUGGUGUAAACAUGAGAAAGGUGUGAUUUUGCGUAGGAGUAACUUCCUACAGAGAUCAAGUUAUAUUCAGCGAUGGAAAGCACCGUUGAUAGUUACUUGCACAAAAAAUUCAAGAAACAACUGAGCUACGAACCCAGAAACAAAAAUGAGAAUAAAAGUGGGCCCAAACCAACGGACCAAAACCAAGAGAAGAAAACGUUAUCCUUGGAAAACAGUCAUCAAGUGAAAGAAACUUUUUGUCGGACAGACAAUACCCAUACAGUGCCAAAUACAAGUACAAAUAAAGCAAAUGAUAGUUUAAACGUCAGAAAUGACAUUUCGAAUGUCAAUGUUCACGAAUCAACUAGUAAAUAUGACUGCUUGAACCUAGCAAAUGACAGUAUAGCUUAUAAUACUGACGGUUUGAAUGUUAACAAGUCUUCCAUAUCAUUAGAAAAUCCUAUAGUCACUUUACAAUCUCAUAACAUAUCGUAUGUUUCAAAUAUUCACAGGUAUGAAGUUAAUUUUGAUAAAAAGUUUAGCUGUUCUGAUGUCGUUAGUAACUCCCAUGGACAAAAGUCUUCCAUUUUAGAUACUAACUUGUAUAAGUACAACUACGUCAAGUCUGAUGACAAUGUAUCACCUGAAAGGGAUCAAAACAAUCAUGAAAGUGAAAAGAGAUCGGAGGAAGUAUCUCCUCAACCAGAUAAAAGUUCUGGUGGAAAAUAUGUUUGUAAUUAUUGUAAUUUGGCCUGUUCUAAACCUAGUGUACUACAGAAACAUAUCCGUGCUCACACAAACGAGAGACCAUACCCUUGUGUCAGUUGCGGUUUCAGUUUUAAGACUAGAUCAAAUUUGUAUAAACAUCGUAGAUCGAGAACUCAUGCGAACAGAGUGCUUGGUAGUAAAGCUCGUGGGGAAGUUAUAAUUGAAGAACAACAGUCCAGUGCAUUUGAGACCAUUCCAAGUAAUGAACAAUCGCAGAAUAACGAAACAGAACGUCCAAUCGACUAUAAAACCAAACUGUAUAAACCGAGAUUCCAUACAGCUUCCAAGUUUUACCAACAAGUUUCUAAAGAAAAUAUAGAAGAUGAUAACAAACAAGCGGAUCACGGUGAAUCCGAUAUCUUAUCACACCAUAUCAGUGAACUUAUUACCAAGAACAACUCAAAGGUGAAUUCCAACGAUGCGUAUUUGUUGAAAAGAAAACAAGAUGAAUAUAACAGUGAAUUCGCCCAAGUACCUAAAAGAGUUUUGCCUAGAGAUAAUGAAGGGUUGAAGGUGGCCGAUGAACCUUUGAAUUUAACUAACAAAGUGAGGAAAAGAUGCAUGAGUGAGGCUGUCGAGUCCAAGAGUUUGAUAAAGGAAAUAUUGCUGAAGAAUUUAGCAUCGGACAUGCAAUGUCCACAUUGCAAAAUGAUAUUUCAAACUGUGACAGAGUUGGAACUGCACAAACUGCGAAACUGCAAAGGAUUUGUCGCACCAGGAGCAAAGUACGCUAGAAGCAGUUCUGUUAAUGUAGCCUCUAUCCUUACUCAAAACAAAAAUGCAUUUGAUAGUAUGCCUCAGAUGCAAGCAGUAUUCCCCUUGAAAUCCCCAGGACCCUUUCUGGGAAAGACACGACUCGUGGAGAGCGAUAAAACUAAAUCUUUUUCAUUUGAUGACGGUCUUCCCAAUAUUUCCAUGUAUCCGAAGGCUAAAGAAAUGAUUACUUCCAAAUAUCUGCUAGCACCAUCAUCUCUCCAAAAUGACGUGGAGAAGAAAGCUCCAGUUAAACUCUUUGGAGGGGAAGUUAAGAUAUCGGAAAAUAUAGGUGAUAACAAGCGUUUUCAUAUUGAAAACAACAAUGACGGUUUUGAACCAAGUAACAGUUUCAUGAGCUAUGGAGGGAAGAUGAGUGAGAAUAGAGUAAUAAGGAGUGGUUUGCAUUCCGGUGGAACCGUUUUGACUAACAAGGGGAAUUUUGAUGGAGACUCGUUGAAUAAAGUACAAAAUGUUAUAAGAAUGUACGAUGGUUCACCAGAUUCGCCAGGUAUGGAUGUAGGAAAGAGAAGAAUCGGUUUCAGCACGAAUUUAAGUGAAAGAAAGAAACCACCAGAUUUGGUCAUUUCAUUUUCAAGUGAAGAUAUCACCACCCCUAGUCCCUCCUAUAUGAAAUACACAAACAUUCUUGAUUUCAGUCAAAAUGCUGUUAAAUUGUUGACACCUAACUUGAAACAGCCAAAUUUAAUGGUUCCUGGAUUACCUGUUCCUAAUAAAUUCACAUACCCUACACCGGAGAAUCCUCAUCCCUUGAAAAUUGAAGUCGAUAUGGACAAUAAUAAUCCUCAUAAUCUAACCCGAAGUAGUUUUUCUGACAAAACGACAACCCCAGAGAACUCAAAACUUAUACAUAAAAAAUUCCAAGUCCCUGCACAAGAAAUCGAAUCUCAGCCUCUUAAUAUGUUUAAUCCCAUGAACAUUGUAGUCAACGGAAAAGUUGUCAGGUAUGUGCCAGGCAUGCCUGGACCUAUUAUUGCUGAAUCACCUGUUGAUUCUUUAUAUACACGCAGUAAUUUACCUUCAACUCCAUCAAAAGUCUCUUCAAAUUUAAUAAAAAUAGCCGAUGUUGAAAAACCCAAAGAAAGAGACAACUCUGAAGAAACUAAAAGAAUAUCUUUGCCAUAUGCACCAAAGCUGGUCAAACCUGCAAUGAUGGAAAAAUUAGAAAUAAAGACAGAUUUUCCAACUAAAAGCUUUGAAUCAACCGAAAUGAGAUCUCCAGUUAUCAAGUUAAGUGAGAUGAAGUCUCCAGCAAAAGUGACUUCAGCAGAAUCGAAAAAAUUUGCAAGACCUAACAGUUUAGCACUCAAACCAACAUCUGCAUCUAUGAAACAACACCACGGACUCACGCCAACCUUGCUGAAUCAAAUUCUGAUAUCUCCUGACACACCUAGGGUAGCUAAAAAGUAUGUGCAGCAGUACCUAAAUGGUAACUACUUCAGUUACUUGGGUUUGAAAUCGACAACUAGGCAGGUGUAUUGUACUUUGAACAAAACUCAACCCUCUUAUGUUCCACAUUUCAAGACCCUGAGUAUGUAUUCUGAAUGGAGACAGCAAGAUACGAAAACGGAAAAGUAUUAUGCUGCUGGUUACGAUUCCAGGCAGAUAUCUUCAAAAUAUACUGUGGCACAUCAUAAGAAUAUAGAUUUGAUGGUCCAUUCAAGUUACAAGUCUAUUUCACCAGAAUCUACAAGAGACAAGGAUGAAACUCAAAAACCAAAUUCGAUUACAGGGGGCUAUGAAUGCAAUGACGAUUAUACCUAUAUAAGAGGAAGAGGUCGAGGCAGAUAUGUUUGUGAGCAAUGUGGGAUAAGAUGCAAGAAACCUUCAAUGUUAAAAAAACAUAUACGUACACAUUCCAAUGAUAGACCGUAUACUUGCAGUCAUUGUAAUUUUAGUUUCAAAACAAAGGGUAACCUAACAAAACAUAUGAAGAGUAAAGCACAUACUAAAAAUUCCACAACUAGUAUAGGAUCCAAUUCAUCUACUCAACAAAGUGGAACUCCCAGCUCAGAGUCUGAAACUGAAGACAGUGGAAUGGACAGCAGUGAUGAAUCAACAAGACAUCAGGAGCAUGAAGCCGCAUAUGGUUUGCUAUCUUUGUCUCAAAAGUCCACUCACAAUAUUACAACCAACUCCUUUUCUCCAACUACGAGUGCUUUAGCAGAUCAGUCCCCACAUCAGAUAACAAUUGACGCCGCCAAUAGAAUAAUGAACACAGAAGAAAUUGCUUUCGUUUCCAAAACAAAUUAUGCGAAAAAUAAGUGUCUAGAACAGCCUACUGCAUUGAAGCUGAACAUCAUGGAUAUUGGUAUACCAUUGCCUGAGGAAAAGAAAACAACUGACGUUAAUUCUGUUACGCUGGUUUUAGGAAAAUCUAGCCAGAAUAGACCACUAACUUAUCCCUACAUAAUGUCAGAUGUUAUAUUGGAUGAACCUAUGAGUGUUAGCUCAGAGAAUACAGACAAUUCGAGUCGAUAUGAGUUGAAAUCUCCGGACACUUCAGAACCAAAAUGUAUCACACAGUUUCAUGUUAUACAAAGGUAUGCUUCAAGCGAAAAAGAAAGUACUUCGAAAGAAGUAUCAAGAGAAACUAUUGAAACUUUCAAAAACCUUCCUGAACCUUCAUUCCCAAAAGAAAGGUUAACUGCUGCGCAUUAUCCAUUGGAGAGGAAUGAAAGAAGCGUUAUAGUCACCCAGAAUUUGAGAACUCCAAAUAUCCCACAUAACCCUGAAAUACCAUCACCAUCUAUAAAGAUCAAUGACAAUAUUGUUUUCAAUGGUACCUUUAAAGAGAAGAGAAAAAGGAAAUUGAUGGAUGAUACUGAAUUUUGUCCUAAAAAUUCAAAAAUGGAUGAAGUGAUCGAUUUAUCAUUAAGUACUGUACAGAAAAACGAUUCUAGUGUGAAUUCAAAAUUGAAUAGUAAAAGUGGUGAUAUGUAUCAGAAGUAUGAACUUGAUCAUCAUAAAAAUAAUGAAAACUCAUUGCCUAAAGAAAACUCUAAGUUAUCUGAAUCAGAAUACAAAAAUGUGGAAUACAGCAUGCAGUAUCCAAAAAUUAAUGGAAACGUACUGAUUUUGAAAAAUGUGGGUGUACCUAACGAAGAUUCCAAUGAAAUUGCUAACAUAAAUUCGAACUACCUUGUCGAACCACAGGCAAUUGCUGUAUCGAAGUCUGAUUCUCCAAAAUUAUUUGGAGAGUUUGAUAAUAGUGCAAUGGAAACUUUGGCUGAUAUCGCAACUAAACAGGUGAAACUGGAGAAAAAUGCUAUGGCAAAGAGUGUGGCUUCAGAGUAUUUAAAAUUAGCAACUAAAAAUGAAAUUCCAACUGGUGAAAAUGAAAUGUUCCAACCGAUAAGCAAGGAAGUGAACGAUCUGAUUGUCAAGCCAGAAGGAAAUAAGAGCUGUACUAUAUGCUCCAAGAGUUUCAGCAAACCUUCACAACUUCGAUUACAUAUGAAUGUUCAUUACCUGGAAAGGCCUUUUAGAUGCGAACCCUGUUCUGUUAGUUUUCGAACAAAAGGUCACCUUCAGAAGCAUGAGAGAAGUGCUAGUCAUCAUAACAAAUUAUCAUCCUCACCCGCCCAGUCAUCGUCUGAACCACGCCCAUUCAAGUGUACAGACUGUAAUAUUGCUUUUCGAAUACACGGACAUCUGGCCAAACACCUCCGGUCCAAAAUGCACAUCAUGAAACUUGAGUGUUUGGCUAAAAUACCAUUCGGUCUGUAUGCUGAGCUGGAACGAUCAAAUAGCUUGCUUACAGAAAUAAACACAGCUGAUGGGGACCAAUGUCUAGAUAGCCUGAAGGCUUUAGCGAAAAAAGUCUUCAUGAACGACCCGGCCAAACUGAAAAAUUUAGUAAAAUCAUCUGUGGUAGUAGAAACUGAGUAAUUUGAAUUAUUUUUUAGAUGAAUUUCGCAAGACUGAAAUGAUAUAGAGAAAAUCUUUACAUUUUAUAAUGAUUAUUUUAAAUUUGCUGAACUAAAAAAAAAACAUUUUUAAAAUAUUCUUAUUAGAUGGACCCCUAUUCUGAUGUGUCAAAUAUUUUUAUGUGAUAUGAAAUUGUUUAGAAUUUGUUUUGGUUAAUUGGUAUCUUUUUCUCAUUAGAAUUUAUACUUAGGCUGAUUAUAAAAUUUUAAUGAUCAUUAUUGUAGUAAAAUUGAAUUGAGUGCCAUGUUAAUAUAGAAGAAAAUUUCAGUUGUUUUGUAAAUAGUCGUUACUGCUUAUGUAUGAUGUAUUGAGGAGAAAAUUCGAUUUAAUUCUGGUGGUCUUCAAUGAUUUUUUAGAAUUCUGUAAUCAGUCCUCACAUUAAGCCAUAAUCGAAUUGGUUAUAACGGGAAUUUAAAGUAUUGAUCUUAAUUAAGAUUGUCAUUCUGUAAUUAUUAUUUUACCUACAUUUAGGUAUCUUACAAGUUUAGUUUCAGGUUAAGUUUCAUAAAAUAUUGUAAUGCUGUUUCAGGUACAACAUGUUUCAUUUCUCUUGUACAUAUCUGUUAAUAUUAGCUCUUAAGUACAAUUGUGCAACUCUGUUUAUAUUGUUUCAUUUGUUGAAAAAAGUACAAGACUACUUGUUAAUAAAUAUUUUGUUUGAUUUA